AUGGAAGAAACAAGAAGUGUAGAGGACACUCCCGCAUCACAAAGACUUACCAAUGAUGACUUCAGAAAGCUACUCAUGACUCCAAGAUCCACCCCAGCAGGAUCACAUCCUGUUGGUUCUGUGCGUGAAGCUAUGGCAAAUGCUGGGUCCAUGCCACCUCCCGCUGAAAACAAAAGUGAGCUACGACGUAAAAAGAAAUCUUACUAUGCAGCCUUGAAGAAACAAGAAGACAAUAAGCUCGCUGAACUCGCGGAAAAGUACAGAGACAGGGCACGUGAAAGAAGGGAGGGUGUCCAGGAUGUAAACCCACUAGACCCUAUGAGUAAUACUACUAGUGCUUAUAGAGCUGUAGCACCUGAUGCAAAAUCUGGAAUGGAUGCAAAGGAGAGGAGACGUCAAAUGAUUCAGGAAUCCAAAUAUCUUGGUGGUGACAUCAACCAUACGCAUUUGGUGAAAGGUCUCGACUAUGCAUUGUUACAAAAGGUUCGUUCGGAGAUACAGACCCACGAGCAAGACCAAGAGGCUGAAAUGGAGCGAUUGGCAGCUGCACCCAUUGAGGUUAUCAAGGAGAAGAAGGAAAUUCCUGUUGAAGAAGAAAUGCAAUUUGAAACUACAAUUGGGAAAAACAUCUACAAUAUGAUUCUAGAGCAAAAGUAA